GGAAACCUCUCUCCCAGGCUAUCGAAGCUGUAUUUGGAUGGCAACAACAUCACUGGCAACAUACCAGAAGAGAUUGGUAACCUUACUGAGUUGACCGCAUUAUCACUUAGAAAUAACAGAGUAAUUGGGCAGGUUCCGAGUGCAUUAGGCCUUCUGAAGAAUCUACAGUCGUUGGACUGAAGCUCCAACAAAUUGCAAGACAGCAUUCCAUCAGAGUUUAACAUGCUGGUAAGCCUGGAAUAUCUAUGGCUUCAGCUAAAUGGUAUUUCUGGAGACCUUCCUUCAUAUUUGGGCGGUCUGCAACAACUGAGGGUAAUUGACUUGAGUCAUAACAAGCUCACAGGAAGAAUACCGAAUGCCAUUGGGCAAUGUUUCCGCCUCGAGAGGAUUGACCUCUCAUACAACAGCCUCACAGGAAAUAUCCCUUCAGAGAUCUCAAGCCUCCAUUCAUUGGCAUUUUAUCUCAAUUUUUCACACAAUUCAUUGACAGGAAGAUUGCCUUCGCUGGGAGGAAUGCAACAGGUUCAAGCCAUAGAUAUGUCAGCUAAUAAACUGUCAGGACAUAUCCCUAGCGAUAUUGGUAGUUGCUCAGGAUUGCAAUACUUGAACCUUGCCAAAAAUAAAUUGGAGGGAAUGGUGCCAAUAUCAAUAGGGCAGCUUAAGAGCCUUGAAAGCAUUGACAUAUCUUUCAAUGAGUUGUCUGGGCCAGUCCCACGUUCUAUUGCAAAUCUUACUAUGCUGCACCAUUUGAAUUUCUCACACAACAACUUGAAUGGAUCAGUCCCAAAUCAAGGAGCUUUUAGAAACCUAAGCGCAACAUCAUUUUUGGCAAAUCCGGGAUUAUGUGCAGUGUCAGGCUGGUUGAAUUUGCCAAAUUGCACAAGCUCUGCCAAAAAUCAUGAUGUGUUGAGUAGAAACAUUAUCUUGGUUGUUGCUUCAAUUGGCACAUUCUUAGCAUUGUGUUGUAUUUUGGGGGCAUUUUACAUUUUCUACGGAAGAAUUAAAAGGUCACCAAUGACAAAUAAUUUGCUGGGGCAAAGUUUCAUGCAAAUUUCUAGCCAAGAACUUCAUACAGCCACCCAAGGAUUCAGUGCUGCUAAUUUACUUGGCAAUGGUAGCUUCGGGUCAGUUUACAGAGGGCUCUUGUCUGAUAACAAGUUGGUGGCUAUUAAGUUAUUCGAUCAGGACCCUCAAAAUUCAUACAAGAAUUUCAUCAGGGAAUGCAGAGUAUUGAAAAAAAUCAGACACCGUAAUCUUGUGAAAGUCUUGUCCUCUUCCUCUGCUGGAGAUUUGAGGGCUCUGGUACUUGAAUUUAUGUCACAGGGGAGCCUAGAACAACACCUCCACAUGGAUGAAACACAGUGUAGCUUGAGUUUGGAGAUGAGAGUGAAGAUUGCACUUGAUGUGGCACAUGGGAUGGCAUAUUUACACCACGAUUGUUCUCCCCCUAUUGUUCACUGCGACUUGAAGCCUUCAAAUGUGUUAAUGGAUGAAAACAUGACAGCCCAUGUGGCUGAUUUUGGAAUUUCCCGUCUAAUGACGUCCUCUAUUUCUGCAAGUAGCAGCACAUCCAGACUCAAGGGAACAGUAGGCUACUUUGCUCCAGAAUAUGGAUUGGGAGGACAAGUGAGUACGAAGGGAGAUGUUUACAGCUUCGGGAUACUCAUCCUUGAAAUGGCGACUAAAAAGAGGCCUACUGAUGGUAUGUUCUGUGGGGGACAACACUUUGCCAAGAUGGGUGAGAAGAGCAUUCCCUGAGGCAGUGGAGGGAGUGGUGGACAUAGAGCUGCUGGUUGAUCAACAAAUUGCAGGAGGGAGUGGUGGACAGAAUGCUACAGCUGGAACUAGUGGUGAAGAAUUGAAAUCAUCUGAGAAUGGCAGUUGCCUGCUUAAUUUUAUUGGAUUAGGAGUGCAAUGCACAAGGGACAAUCCAGGGGAUAGACCAACAAUGAGAGAGGUGGAGGGUAUGCUGGAAAAGAUGGUGUAUGGCAGGGCAUAUGGAAACAUACAAGAGCAGUCAUCUGUCCAGAAUCUGUUGAGUGCAGACAAUACAGUGGGUCAUUCAAACAGCAGCACGGAUGAAAGUGAGAGCAUUUAAAUACAUAGGAAAACUAAAGUUAAUUAGAUUUUAUUUUCAAGAACUAUAAAAUUAAAGUAGAAAUUAAGUAAGAACUGCUUUGUUUAAACAAAACUGACUAUCUGAACAGCACG